GUCGGCAUGAAGAAACCAAGCUUACUUUAAGGAGGCAGCGUGGCUGGUUGAGGGGCGGCUUCAACAUCAUAGUCAGUUACAAUAUCAAGACCAAUGACAACAACGGGCUCGACUAUGACUGCACCGACAACACAGAUGGAGAUGGUGGCGGCGCCCAUGCAGAACGCUGUUGCUGCAGCCUUGCGCGGAGAAGAAGGAAAUGUGCUGGAGAUGGUGAGGUUGUAUAAGCUACAGAUGGACGAGAUCUACGCCGUGCUGAUUCAACAUCGACAUGAUCUCCCAGCGGAACUCUUGGGGGAGGGUGAGGAGUUGCUGAGUGGUUGGGAGGAGGAGCUCUAUGUAAACCUCCCGUCCUAUCGGUUGGGCGCGAUUGAAGAAGCACAGGUGAUGCUAGAGUUGGGUGGGUGCGCUGAAGUGUUGGAGAAAGUGAGGGGAAUCUUCGUGGAACUCUGGGGGGGGCUGUAUGUGAAUACAAGGCCUGAAGAUACGAUUGAGCGCGGCUGCGCAGGGCCUGAGAAGGGGCAGGUGCUGCAGGCUAGGUCGCAGGAUCGUUCGAUUGAAGUGCAUGCCGCUUGUAUUUCGGCCACUUUCGAGGAGAGUGCAACUGACCGUGGGAAGUUUGAAGAGGGGCAGGGUUUUUGCGGCGUGUUGAAGGAGUGCUUGAUCGUAGGUGACGAAGAUUGUCUGCCAAAGGAGGGAGGGGAUAUCUCCAUAGGUGAGGAUCAUCACAGCAACAACAACAACAAUAACAACAACAACAACAACAACAACAAUAAUUAUGACAGCAAUUUCAUCCAGGAAAUGGACGAUGAGUUUAGGUCAUGUGCUGCGCAGGACUCGAAUGAUGCAAGCACAAAUGACGUUCAACUUCUGGGUAUCGUCUGCAACAAGGAUAACAACAACAACAACAACAAUACGGACAAAAGCUACGUCACCAACGGCGAAAACAACAGGUGUUUGGAUAAAUAUGGUGACGGGGAGAUUUGUGCCUGUUGCGAGGAUAAAAAUAGAGGCGACAAUAACAAUAACAGCAUAGUUGCUGCCCUUCGAGUGUGCUUCCAGGCCAACUACGGCGCCAGUGGUGAAGCCUUACGAAAAUGGACUGAGGAAGAGAAGAUGGACCACCUAGGGCAGCACGUGUCGUUGAGCUUAGGAAGGGACAUUAUGGCUAUCGUCUCCUCUAGUGGAUCCUGGAAGGAAACCCGGAAUGAGAUGAUGAGAAAGUACCUGAAGGCGGAGAAAAUGGCGACAGAGGCUGAAUUGGCGGCCGUCCAAAGGAAAAACUAUGCCACUUACAAUGACUUUCUCAAGGCGUUCACUCUAGUGGCAUUGCGAAUCCCUAGGGUAACGGACCGAAUAAUGAGCAAGUACUUCCUUAGGCAGUUCUCCGAGUUCGACAAAGAUAAGAUUCUGUCAACCUACCAGCAGACUAGCAAGUUCGAGUACACUAGGGAUGUGGACUUCAGCAUGGUAACAGACCUCGCAGACAAGACAGUGGUGACCGACACGCUAGCCCUGCUUAAGGAAGGGGAGGUUAUAGACUUGACUGGGAAGACAGGGGAUAAGGUCAAGAAGGGAAUAGAGAGCCUACAUGAAAGGGUGCACGGGGUCGAGAGCAAGAUGGACAAAAUGGAAAAUGCAUUAUUAGUAAUGCAGGCACAGGUGUCUCGACCCGCCCUCCCGCCCCAAGAGGCCGUAGUUCCGGCAGCCGUAGCUAAUCGGGGAUUUGGCAGGAGGGAUCCGGCCAACGAACGAUGCAGGUAUAUCCUGGAUGCAAGGGAUAACCUCAAUGGCUACGUAGAGGCGGUAGCACUCAAGAGAAAGACAGGGAAGGGAGUGGCCGAUUGGAUAGAGGAUUUCUACCUAAGACACCCCUUUGUGCGAAGGUUCAUAGCAGAUAAUGGGACGGAGUUUGUCAAUCAGGAGGUAUUGAGCAGGCUUAAGACCUUGUGCGUACCCAUCAAGAUCAUUGAGCCAUAUCACCCUGAGGCAAAUGCACCGGUAGAAAGGGGGCAUCGGACUUUGAAGAACAAAAUCGCCAAGCUGGCAGUGGAUGAUUUGGGAAACUGGCCGUGGUACCUUAAGCAGGCAGUCUUCUCUGGGCAGUUGGGAAAGAGGUUCAAGGGGCCCUACAGGAACGCUAAGCGGGUGGGACUGAACACGUUCAAACUUGAGGAUCUUGAUGGCACUAGCAUAAGAGGGCCAUUCCCGGGACAAAGGUUGGCCAAAUUUCUAAGCAGGGAUCCUGUGAAACAAUGGCUACAAGAGGCGCAGGACGGGGAAGCAGGGGAAUUGACAUCCGAGCUGGCGAACCUCCAUCGGGCCGUACGGAACCACAAGGCUCAGCACGAGGAUGCAGCACGGGCACCUAAUUCCCGUGUACAGGACUUGGAGCAAACUGCACGAAGACCGGAGGCUGGCGAGUCCAGCAGUGCACCGUCUGCCCGCCAACUGGAGGAACGAGUUGACCACGUAGUCGCAAUGCUCGGCGACAUCGGUACCUUCGCUGCACCAGCCACCAUCAGCAACCAGCUGGACACCUUGAAGAUCGAGGUUCAGCAACUGCAGCUGCCUAACAAAGAUGGCAACACCACGCAGCAUUACAAGAUGCCGACAUUCCAAAUUGAGAAGUUCGAUGAUUAUACGCAUCAAGACCCGGUCCUCUGGUGGAAGGGCUUUACGCAACUUCGGAUUCUGUUCGUCGCCAAGCACGCGUACAUCGGCGCGUUGUUCCUCAACUCAAAGGGCGGAUGCCAGAUCUGGUUGAGCCACCUGGCAACCGUCCACGGCGUCGACGUCACAAAUCUGAAAGAUAAGAUCUCUUGGGAAGAGUUAACACGACUAUGGAAGAAACGGUUCAUCGUGGACGACGCCCCGACGCUCGCCACCGACCGCCUCUUCGCUAUGACGCAAGGCAACACAUCGACACGUGACUGGCUCACGGAAUGGCAAAAGAUCGCGGCAAUGCCCGAUCUUGACUUGCCAUUUUCGCAUCUGCGCCGCGAGUUCUACAGCUGGUCAUUACCAACUCGGUUGAUGGACACCGGAGUAGAGGUUGUCGACCUUCACAAUUACAUUGCGAAGAUCGACCGCGAGUACAGGACACAACGGUACGACGACAUCGACGCACCAUUGUUAUAUGUACGCAUUCAGAUCGGAGAGGCGACCUGCAGCGCUUUGAUCGAUUGCGGAGCAUCUCGCAACUACAUGAGCCAGGACUUUAUGGAUAUUGAAAGCCCACGCGAUGAAACGGAUCUGCUUCUUGGUGGUGGUCUUCAGCAAGGAUCUGCAUUUACUGGAUACCUUGAUGAGCUGCGUAUCUACAACCGCCGAACGGUGCCUUUUGGUGAUAAAAAUAAUCCCCAUGGAAUGCUCACAAGACUUUAUCCAAGAUACUCAUCUCGCCUCUUUGCAUAUUUUCAGUUCAAUGAUGACCCAAGAGAUCGUAUUGUCUACUCUACUGUUGGUCAUGGAAAGGUCUAUGGUGUUCUGAGCACAUGGAUCGGAGGGGUACUACCUACGCUGGAAGGUGUUGCAGCACCCUGGGCAUUAGAGAUGGACGUCGGCUCCCUCAAGGACGGCGUGCAGUUACAGCAGACCGCAGCGCAACAGUUGGAGCAGCGGAUCUGUACUACCGCCAACAACUCGAGUUCGGAACCGCGCGAGACAACUCCAAAGUUUGACGGCCAGGAGAUCUUCUACGACUCGACGAAGACAGAUCCGAUUCCAUGGUUCCGCAAGUUCGAGCUCACGCUGCAGCUACACUACGUCAAAGAACACAAGCACCACGCGUACUUAUACUCCCGGUCGGAGGGCGCGUGCCAGGUAUGGUUGGACAAUCUCUUGUCCAAGUACGGAGUGGUAGCUGCCGACUUGCACACCAAGAUCAGUUGGGAUGAUCUGAAGGCAGCGUGGCACAAGCGGUUCCAAGUAGAGCCGUCGGAGAUCAAGGCAAUGGACAAGCUAAUGGUCUUCGAACAAGGCACGCUACCGAGUGUCGACUGGAUUGCCGAGUACCAACGCUUGACAUCAGUCCCAGACAUCCAGAUGGGCUUCAAAGCCAUCCGCCACUAUUUCAUCUCAAGGUCGUGUCCGACAUUAAGCAAUGCCCUGACUCACGUCGAGGACACCUUGACGACUACGGCGAAACUCUUUGACAAGGCCGCGCAGAUUAUCAUCACGAACAAGGAGGCUAAGAACCUGCGUUCGUCUGUGCCAGGCCCGAGCAGACAUCAGCAUCGGCCAAGAGUGGCAGUGGUCGCGGUGGCAACGCUGUUUGACCAAACUAGCGAGGCCGUGUCUGCCAAUGAAGGGGACAGACUCGCAGCCGCCCGGGAAGUCGCGGUGGGGGACAUCCUUGCGUAUGUUACCAAGGUGGCCCGCGAGUUUCGCACGCAGCGGUGCGAUGACAACAACGCACCGCCCAUGUAUGUCCGCAUCCAGGUUGGGCAAGCGUCCUGCAGUGCUUUGCUGGAUAGCGGCGCGUCUCGCAAUUUCAUGAGCCAAGCCUUUAUGCAAAGGGCUGGCCUUGGCGCACAAGUUCGAAGGAAGGCAAACUCGACGGCGAUCAAGUUGGCGGAUGGAAAGACGCAGCAACUUCUCGACCGUUACAUCGAGGUCGUACCGGUGUAUUUCGCACCUCAUGCAUGCGAACCGGUGACGUUCGACAUUCUGGACACGAACUUCGACAUCAUUCUGGGAAUGCCUUGGCUCGCAAGUGCGGAUCACACGGUCAACUUCCACCGGCAGACUCUUAGCGUUCACGACGCCUUUGGCGCCGAAAUAUUGGAGGAUCAUCUUGGGCAUCUUCGACGAGUGUUGGAGAUGCUCUGCCGCGUCAAGUACAAGGCCAACCGCGACAAGUGCAAAUUUGCCCGGCAAGAUGUGGAAUACUUGGGCCAUUUUGCCACUGUGGAGGGCAUCAGUCCACUAUCGGACAAGAUUCAAGCCAUCCAAGAGUGGUCGGAGCCACGGAAUGUCAUGGAUAUCCGUUCGUUCCUUGGCCUCGCUGGCUACUACCAGCGUUUCAUCAAGGGCUACUCGAAGAUCGCGGCCCACUUGACCAAGCUUCAAUGCGAGGAUCGACCAUUCGACUUCGGAGAGGAUGCGCGGGAAUCAUUUUUGACUCUCAAAGCCGCACUAUUAUCAGCAGAGGUCUUGCGCAUAUAUGACCCGCUUUUGCCUACGCGCGUCACUACGGAUGCGUCCGGCUAUGGCAUCGGUGCCGUCCUCGAGAAACACGAUGGCGUGGACUGGCACCCGACCCAAGACACCGUUAACAGCACCAUCGCUCGAUGGAUGACUUUCAUCGACCAGUUCGACUUCUUUCUCGAUCACAUUGCGGGGAAGUCGAACCGUUUUGCGGAUGCUCUUUCACGGCGUCCAGAUCAUUGUACCGCGGUCUACUCAAUCUUCGAGAUCGACGACGACCUGUGGAACAGCUUCAUCCACGGCUACCAAGUCGACCCCGAGUUUCGCGACAAGUACGCGAGUUGCUCCUCUCCUAAUCCGGCGCCUUCUCACUACCGGAUCCAAGAGGGGUACUUGCUUAUCCACACGUGGGGGAGGGACCUUCUUUGCGUACCGAGUGAUCCUCACUUGCGUACACAGCUUCUUGGCGAGUUUCACGAUGCUCCCGCCACUGGACACUUUGGAGUUAAUCGCACGAUUGGCGGACUUCGCGAGCGAUUUUGGUGGCCCGGCCUUCUCGGCGACGUCACACGCUAUUGCGAGUCAUGCGAGGUUUGCCGACGCUGCAAAUCCCGCAACCAUCGUCCGUACGGCGAGUUACGACCAUUACCGGUCCCGUUGAGGCGAAGGGAAGUGAUUGCUAUGGACAUUACCGGCCCAUUCCCCAAGCACAAGACCGGAGUGGAUGGGAUUCUCACGGUGGUCGACCGACUCACCACGUUCGUCAUGUUUUUGCCUUGUCGCUAUCAUGCCAAGGCACCGGAGUUGGUCGAGGUUCUCUACGCUGGUUGGAUUCGAACCAAGGGUUACCCCAAGGAAAUCGUUUGCAACCGCGACACUCGGUUCAUGUCCGAUUUUUGGUUGGCGCUCAUCAAGCGAUGGGGCUCAUCUCUCAAGCCUAGUUCAGCUCGCCACCCUCAGACCGAUGGCCAAACAGAGAGGGCGCACCAGACCGCACAGGUUCUCCUUCGCACUCUCAUCCGUCCUGACGAGAAGGAUUGGGUUGGGCGGCUGCCAGAUGUCGAGUUGGCCUACAACUCCUCCAUCCACCCGGCUAUCGGGAUAUCGCCCUUCGAGUUCGAGCACGGCUCGCCGGUCACUUCGUCGUUGGACACCAUCACUCCACAAACGGUCGAGAGCGACGACCAUCUUCUUUUCUUGCGUCGGAUGCAAGAGCUACUUGUCAAGACACGCGACCAGAUGGCCAAGACGGAGCAAUGCAUGAGCCAGCAGGCCAAUCGCCAGCAUCUUCCUUGCCCAUUCCGCGCCGGCGAUCUCCGCCCAGACUACGAAUGGCAGAUCCUAUCUAGCCUAUCUACGAUGCCGCUGGUGAUGUUAACAGCUUCCCGAAGUAUGAGCAGAUCUCGGCCAAUGCCGUUCACAUCAAGCACCAGGGAGGAAACUAGAGAGGACGACAGGAUCCUGCGAUCAGCGUGGGGCCCGAUAGCCCACGUGGCAUUAGGAGGCGUCAUGGCAAGCCAACCGUUAGUUUUGACUCCCGAAGAGAUCGCCAUACGACAAGCAGAUGCUCAGGAGGCACAACUACAGAAGGCUUUAGGGGAGAUAAAGGCAAAGAAAGAGAGAAUGAUUAGGAGAAGAGCAAGGAUGCAGCGGAGACAAGCGGACAUUAGUGAGUUAGAGGAGAUGGACCUGACGAACGUGGAUGAUAAUGUGAGGACUCUGAGGACGGUCUUGCUAGAUGUGGUAGAAAUGCAGGAUCACCAAAUGGCGCUCUUACAGGACAUCCUGCAGAACCUGGCCGUGGUGGUCGGGCGAGCGCAGGCGAGACCAUCACCAUCAGGGCCCGGUGCCUGGCUUGUGGUACAACCUCCUCCAUCUGUCCCACGGGUGACUGGGGAGGAAGAAGGGUUGGAGGUGGUCGGCUAUGGUGGACGGGUGUGGGUGAGGGAGGAGGAAGAAGGGUUGGAGGUGGUCGGCUAUGGUGAACGGGUGUGGGUGAUGGAGGAGGAAGAAGGGUUGGAGGUGGUCGGCUAUGGUGAACGGGUGUGGGUGAUGGAGGAGGAAGAAGGGUUGGAGGUGGUCGGCUAUGGUGGAUGGGUGUGGGUGAGGGAGGAGGAAGAAGAGUUGGAGGUGGUCGGCUAUGGUGGACGGGUGUGGGUGAUGGAGGAGGGAGAAGGGUUGAAGGUGGUUGGCUAUCACGGACGGGCGUGGGUGACGGGGGGGGGAGAUAGGUUGGAAGUGGUCGGCUAUGCUGGACGGAUGUGGGUGAUGAAGGCGGAAGUCAUUGAGCAGUAUGACUUCGAGCCCCAGUACAUCAAAGGAGAGUACAACAAAGUUGCUGAUGCGUUGUCGCGUAGGUCGGACUUUCUCGAUGCGUUGAUUACCGAGUUUGGGCUUGCGGACGAUGUUACUCGCUCUUUGGUGGAAGCUUGUCGCGAGGAUCCGUUUAUGGUUGAGGUCAUACGCAGACUCGAGGCGAAGGAAAAAGCGACUUCAGCCGAGUUUGAGUUGGUCAACGGCCUGCUGUUCCUUGAGAAGGCCAGGAAUAACAGGGACAAGCCACGUACACAGGCCCCUCUUGGGCUUAUUAAGCCCCUUCCGAUUCCGGAAAGGCCCGGUGAGAGCCUAUCCAUGGACUUCAUGGACACGCUGGUCACGAGCAAGAGUGGAAAGAGACACAUCUUUGUCAUUGUGGAUAGGUUUAGUAAGUAUGCUAGAUUAGUUGCAAUGCCUGAAAGAGCGAAGACCGAGUACGUCAUUACGCUGUUCAAGGAAAACUGGGUCAGAGACUUUGGGCUUCCAAAGUCUAUUAUUAGCGACCGGGAUGUCAGAUUCACAAGCGAGUUGUGGAAGGCUGCAGCUGCAGAACAGGGUACACAGCUGCAGAUGACCUCCGGGAAUGACCAGAGGCAAACGGGCAAGCGGAGCAGCUGAAUCGCGCUGCACAACACCUGCUGAGACACUACAUCAAACCCAAUCAGGUGGACUGGGAUGAGAAACUUGCGCUCAUCGCCAGU